CACAUAUCCUGACUUGAACUGGGAGCCCCUUUCCUAGGGAUAUUCUUGUCCACUGGUCUAAGUUAAUUUUCUUUGUAGUGAUAUUGACAGUAAGCAUUUAUUUUCCUUGGAUUUAGCCUAAGUGCUGUAAAUCCAGAGUAUCUUUCAGGAAGAUGGUUUAUUUACUGCACUUUUCACUGCUGUGGAUGGUUGAUUCUUCCUGUGUGCCCCGAGGAACAGAGGCUGGUUUGUGUUAGGGGGACUCUUCCCAUAUCUCUCAGAGGCUGAUGUAAGAAGUUUCUGGACCCAAAUGAUAAAAAUAUCCAGUCCGUGAACCAAUCUUAAAAUGGAGCUUCGCCAGAGUCAUUUCUUAAGAAAUAAAAUACUGCAGGAAGAAAAUAAUCAGAAUGGAGUGUCAGUAAAUUUGGAGUCCUCCCAGUGAUUCUGAGCAUUCACGAAACCAAAAAAAGGAACGCAACCGUAAUGCGAGUGGGCGGAAGUGGCAUUUCCUUCCUCUUUUCUAACCCUGGUUCCUAGCCUCUGGUAGAACCUCUUCAAUGCCUUACACAUUACAGACUUCUGCCAGCUGGAGGUGACAUGUGGCUCCUAACAACCCUGCUCCUUUGGGUUCCAGUCGGCGGACAAGUGGUAAAUGUCACAAAGGCUGUGGUCACCUUGCAGCCUCCUUGGGUGAGUAUUUUCCUGAAGGAAAAUGUCACUUUAUGGUGUGAGGGGCUCCACCCACCAGGAGACAGAACCACCCGGUGGUUUAUCAACAGCACAGCCCUUCAGAUCUCCACGCCUAGCUACAGUAUCACCGAGGCCACGCUCAAGGACAGUGGUGAAUACAGGUGCCAGACUGGUCUCUCCAUGCCAAGUGACCCUGUACAGUUAGAAAUCCACAGAGACUGGCUGCUGCUCCAGGCCUCUGACAGAGUCCUCACAGAAGGAAAGCCUCUGACUUUGAGGUGUCACGGCUGGCAGAGUAAGAUGGUGUACAACGUGGUUUUCUAUCGAGAUGGAAAAUACUUUCACUCUUCUCAAGACUCUGAGGUCACCAUUCUGCAAACCAACCUGACUCACUCUGGUGUCUACCACUGCGCAGGCAUAGGGAGACAUUACCACCGCUACACCUCCGCAGGAAUGUCUGUCACCGUGAAAGAGCUGUUUGCAACCCCAGUGCUGACAGCGUCCUUGUCAUCUCCCUUCCCGGAGGGGAGUCCGGUCACCCUGAGCUGUGUGACAAAACUGCCCCCGCAGAGUCCUGGCUUGCAGCUUUACUUCUCCUUCUACGUGGGCAGCGAGACCCUGGAGGACAGGAAAACAUCUGCCGAGUACCACAUCCCAAGUGCUAAGAGAGAAGACUCUGGACUAUACUGGUGUGAGGCAGCCACAGAGGACGGCAGCGUCCGAAAGCGCAGCCCUGAGUUGGAGCUUAGGACACCUGGUCCUCAGUCAUCAGGCCCUGUCUGGUUUCACAUCCUUUUCUAUCUGUCAAUGGGAAUAAUAUUUUUGGUGGACACAGUUCUCUGUGCGAAAAUACGUAAGAAGUUGCAAAGAAAGAAAAACUACAAUUUAGAAGUCCUUUUGGUUUCUGAUCAGGGGAAGAAAGAAACUUCCUCUUAGUAAGUCUGAAGCAAUGAUGUGUCCGAAGAAGAAAGACAUUGCAAGACAGACCACACCAGCAGAGCCGGGCAGCUCAGUGGGUAGCUGCGGACCUGCCGCAGUGCUGGGGUACAAGCCUCCAAAAGCUGACUGACACUGAAACUGUGGCUCCGCGGCCUGUGACUCUUAAAUAAAGGAAAUAUGCAAGCUGGCUUCAGUUGAGAGCAAGCUGGCGAUCAGACGUUUGAAAGGAGACCUAAGCUGAAGGACUCCUGCUGUUUGGCCUCACAGAGCAGGGAAGCGGGAGUAGCAGGAAGUGAACCUCACAGGAAAAGCAACCCCCACCCAGCCCCUGCUCACAGGAACCAGCUCUGAAGGCUCCAGUCUGAGGAGUGGGGAGCUAGAGCGGUUGUGACAUUCCAGAAGGAAGGGCUGUGCCUCUCCUCACGGGGUGGAUGGUUUCAGGGCUCCCCAGGGAAAACCCGCGUGUGAGGGGAGCGGACACAGAUACGGACUAGCACCAUAGCCUAGGGUGACGCUGGGCUAAGGCUGGGCACCAGGAGAGCAUCGCAGUUUGUGUUCUCUUUCCCACCGGCUCCUUUCAUGCUUCCCCCCAGAGCCGCUGCCACGGGGCCUGGGGCAACAGCUAGACAGCGAGGUUGGCGGUGUGGGAGGUUGGGUCCAUCCAUCUAACCUCUCUCAGGUCCAGACAUCGUUCCAGGCGGCCCACAUGUGGGGCCUUAGCGGAGCUGUGGUUGAAGGCUUUGGGGCUAGAUGCAUGAUCGUCUGAUAAGCAGUCAUCACCCUCCAGUGCCCUCAUGGGGCUGCUCCAGUGUUCUCCUUCCAGGACUGCCCUGAAGCCGAGAACAGCGCCGCAACACUGACUGAAGGAUGCCUCUUGGAAGGCACGGCUCACAUGCGUAGGAAGACCGAAUCCUAGGAACAAGGCGUAGAUCGUACCCCACUUACUGUCGUCACUGCUGAGGAGCCACUGGAGGUCUCAUGCCUCACAUCUCUGGAACUCUAGGCUCUGCUAGGCUAGAGGUCCCCUCAUGUCCCCAGAGAGGGUGUGGCAUAGCAUGAGUCUCAUUGGGUGAGAACCAUCAGUGGAUACCAAGGGUACUUUAGAACUUUUAUAGCCAGGGACCAAUAGGCCCGAGAGGGACAGGGAUAGUAGCCCACUGGAGGAGAUACGCUGUUGCAGAAUGCAUGCGCAAAUUGUCGGUAUGAAAAACAAUCUUAGAGUGGAGAGAUGGCUCAGGGGUUAAGAGCACUUCCUGCUCUUCCGGAGGACUUGAAUUCAAUUUCUGUAACUGCUUAUAACUCCAGCUCUAGGGGGUCCUGGUGCCGGCUUCUGGCCUCUUUCAAGCACUUACGCAUGCGUGGCAUAGAGACACAGACAUAUGAACAAAAACAAUUGAAAAAAAUCAAUCUUAAAAAAACAAAACAAGCCGGGCGUGGUGGAGCACAUCUUUGAUGCCUGCACUCAGGAGGCAGAGGCAGACUGACGAGUUUGAGGCUGAUUUGAGGCCAGCCUGGUCUACAGAGAGAUUCCAGGACAGUCAGGGCUACACAGAGGAACCCUAUCUCAAUACAAACAAACAAAACCCCCAAAACACCACAGUUCUUACCCCAAAGAGAUUAAGAGAUAUACAUGUGAAAAUACACCAUAGCUCUUACCCCAAAGAGACUAAGAGAUAAAAUGUAAAAAUAAUAUGAAUAAGUCCCUAAAAGAUUAAAGAUGGCUCAGUAGCUAAAGAACAUAUGCUGCUAAAGAACAUCAUGGCCAAAGCAACUUACAAAAGAGAGCAUUUAACUGGGGACUUGCUUCCAGUUCCCAGUAUGAGGCCACGACCAUCGUGGCAGGAGAAAUGGUAGCAGGCAGGGAGGCAGGAACAGCACUGGAGCAGAAGCUUGUGGUCUUAUUGGCACAUUGGAGGCAGAGAGAGACAGAGACACAGAGAGAGAGACACACACACACACACACGAGAGGGAAGGAGGGGGAGAGAGACAACCAUUUGUUUUAAUGAUAACAAAAAUAAACAAAAGAUAAACAAUGGUAAUAGCAUAUAUAUGUGUGUGUGUGUGUGUGUGUGUGUGUGUGUGUGUGUGUGUGUAUAGUACCAGAAAGCAAGCUCGAUACUCCUGAAAGAUGCACUUUAAUCACUUGCCAUAUCAGUGUUUUUUGUACAUAGUUUAUAAAGAAAACUAUUCUUUGUCCUCUAACUGGGCAAGGGGACAUCUUUGUUUUUUAUUGUAUUUUUGUGAACUAUGUGUUACUGCUAAAGGGUCUGGAUCAAGUUGUUUUGCUGUGAAUUAAAGAAUAAAAAGGCAGAAGAGA